AUGGCAAAGCACCAAAGAUUUGGAAGGAUUAGGCAACUUCACACAAUCAUAUCUCAAGAAACCAUUAAACCAUCUUCCCCAACACCUCCACGCCUCAAAAUUCAUAAUCAGUCGUUGCUUGAUGAGUUUGCUCCUGACAUGCACACACCAAUAGUUUUCUUCUAUCGAAACUACAAUAACGGUGACACCAACAUCCUGAAGAAAUCGUUAUCACAGUGUUUAACACAGUUCUACCCUUUUGCGGGUAGGCUUCCAACACCUCCUGCGCCUUACAUCAACUGCAAUGACGAAGGAGUUGAGUUCUUGGAAGCUUCUAAUGAUAGCCCACUCGAUGACUUCAUUCAUCAGAACAAGCAAGACAAAACGAUAGAUCAGCUCUUUCCUUAUGGUCUCAGUUGUAGCGCUCGUGCUUCGUGCCCUAAGUUGCUCGAGGUCCAGCUUAACCAUUUUGCUGGUGGUGGAGCCGCUGUGGCCUUGUCUAUAUCACACAAGCUUGCUGAUGCAGGGACGAUAGCCAACUUCAUCGACCAUUGGGCCACAGUAACCCGUUGUGGCUCACCAAAAAACCCAUAUUUCAUUUCAUCCACCACAAGUAAGAAUAUCAUCGCGCCUAAAUUCGAUGUUAUAGACAUUAAGGAUAAAGUCAACUAUGGUACGAGCAUAUUUGUAUUUGGGAAUUCGAAACUAAAUGAGCUGAAGAAGAAGGUUAUUGCAAUGGGUGCAGCUCCAACCAAUGCUACUCGAGUCGAAGUGUUGACAGCUUUACUAUUCAAACACGCAGUGAGUGCAGCGAAAAUAAAGUCAGGUUCUACACAGCAAUCGAAUUUGUCUGUAGCAGUGAGCUUGAGGAAGAAUUUUUUUGAAAAAAGUCCUGAAACAGCGGUAGGCAACUUCUUUACAUUGGCAAUAUCAAAGAUGGCUGAUUCAGGUGAAAUAAGGUUGAACGAGUUGAUUGCUGAGAUAAGGAAAGGAAAAAUGGAACUCGAAGGGAUAAGAGAUGAGGAAGAAGUAGUUAAAAAGUUGCUAAACACAUUCUCAACCUUACAGGGUGAUAUUUACUAUAGUUCAAGCGCAUGUAGGCUUCCUUUUUAUGAAGUGGAUUUCGGUUGGGGAAAGCCAGUAGAAGUAACAAUACGAAUUCCAGAUGUGGAGGAGAAGACUCUCAUUCUAAUGGAUACCCCAUCUGGAGAUGGUAUUUCAGCACUUGUUCAUCUACCGGAAGAAGAAAUAGCCAUUCUUCAAAAGGACAAAGAGUUUCUAACAUAUGUCCAAAACGUUUGA